UGCUCUGGAGAGCAUCUGCUGUGCUUUUGCCAGCUUUUGCCAAGUAGUUGCAGCGUCUCUAUUAGAUUCAACUUUGACAAAGAAAGCAAGAACAGGGGAAACAAUGGCGAAUGCCCAUCGCGCCAACGUCCUGGUUACCUCCUGUUUGAAAACGCCGGUAGACCCACACACCAAGGCUCCGUUGGCGUUGUAUGAAAGGCAGCGAACCCUUCCAUAUUCGUCAGUAACUGGUCAUAUUGACAAUCGAGACUACGAAAAAGAGCUGCAGUAUGACGACUCGAGGUCUGACUACGGUGAUGGGGAUGCCCCCGGGAAGGGCAGAUCCCUGAUGAUCAAAGACUACCGAGUGACGGGGGACCACAUCGACCUGCGUGAGUUCUACUUCUCCAACGAGGAGUACUAUCGUAAGCUGGAGGAGCUGAAGAGGGCCCACCUCCGCACCAUGGCCGAGCUAGAGGGCAUGUACCGCAAGAAGCUGGAGCCCAAAGGUGCACCACCCUCGGAAAACGUGCAGGGGGCACAGGCACACAGAUCGUACUCGAAGAUCAGCCCCAUGCCCGUGAGGUGUCUGAGGAAGGCCCACUCGGCUCUGGAGCUGAGGAGGGGCUCUGGGCUAUCGGACACAUCUGACGAGGAAGGUGCUGUAGUCAACAACGUGGAGAAGGGUCUGCAGUCCUCCCCCAAAGAGCACAUCAAGAACAUGUGGCAUGACUUCAAGCUGUCGCCUCGCCAGCGCCACCCGUCCACAUCCUCCCUCCAGAGCCUCAUUGGGGGCCACAAGAAAGGCAUCAAGGGUAAGGACCAGAAGCAAGGGUGCAAAGAUGUCAAACACGAGCCUUGGAAACCCAGAGUGACCGUCCCCAAGCCAUUCCACAUGACGCUGCGGGAGAACCAGAAGGGCCAGAAAGGUGUGAAGACACGGUCAGAGAUCGAGCUGGAGAACGCGGCCUUGCGGAAGCAGCUGGAGGAGCUGACAGAGUGCCAGCACAAAUUCCGUGCAAGUUCCGUGCCCGUCCACGUCCGCCUGCCCCCAUACGAGGAGCUCCGCGAACGCGACGAGGCGCGGCGGGCCAUGCACGAGCGGGAGCAGCAGCGUCUGUGCUCCACCCAGAGGCCCUUCAGUUUCCUGGAGCGUGAACGUCUCAAGAGGGAGCAGAGAGAGGAGCAGCUCCGCAACCUCCAGCAAAUCAGCCAGGAGAGAGUCCGACCAUUCAGGGCCAAGGCCGUGCCCAAGGCCGUGUAUGAGGCGGCUACGGGCGAGCAACUGAAGGAGGAGCAGCUGUACCGUGCCAUCAAGAUGCAGAUGAGGGCCCAGGAGCUGCUCCACAGCACCUCCAUGCCACCAAGCAUGCUGGCACGCCACCUUAGCAAAAGGGAGCAUGCUAAGGAUGGAGCCCGGGGGGACACCGCUGGAUCCGAGGAUGACAACAGGGCCCCUUACAGGCCUAAAAUAAACCCGGUGGUGCCCGACUUCGACGCCAGCUACAGGAGGUUCAAGAAGCAGCUGGAGAGCCGGCGCGACGUGAAGCCUUUGACGACGUGCGAGCCGUUCCAGCUCCGGACGUCACAGAUCCCCUCGCACCGCGAACGCAUCCUGGCCGAGAUCGAGAAGGAGCAGAUGAGUCCCCGGGCCAAGCGCUGGCCUUACGUCAGCACAGCUGGGCUCGUCCACUCACACAACUCUAGCCUCUGCUCCUCCCUCUCAGGCAGUCUGGAACAGCUGCCUGCCAAAGUCACUGAUGCCAGCAAAAAACGCCAAGAGGCUGUAAGUCCUUCCUCCACCAAUGACUUCCUGUCAUCGAUGACUGCCUUGUCUCCUUGA